CAAAAAAUCUGAAUCUUCACAUAAAGACGUACUAUUUUGUCUGUAUUAAAUAUAGACUUUUGAAACAUAUGACAGCAUAUUAUUUCUAAAUUAUUAUGAAUUUAUAUUUUUUAGGGGGACAACUCAAUAAUUAAGGCGAUUUUAGGGGUUUUUGACACCAACUUUAGGGAUAAAUAUUUUGGAGAGUUGGUAACACUGUGUGAGUACUCGUAUUUAGAAUUUUAUGUGUAAAUUUAUAUAUAAAAUGUAUGUAUUUAAAUGUUUUAAAGGCUUUUUUACGAAAUUGAAGUAAUAAUGGUAUAUUUAGUUUUCUAAGCGUUUUACUUAUUUUAUUCUCGAAGAAAAUUCCAGUUCCAGCAAUCUAAAUAUGCAGCGACUAAAAUCUCCAAGUAAAUACUUUAGAACUUUAUACAAUAUUAGAAAACUAAGUCGAAAAGGUUCUAUACUUACCUCUAACUUAACUGCAACUAUCGAAGCUUUUGACCAUGAGUCAUUACAAAGAAAUAAAAUACAAUCUCAAGAUCUUGGCUUGAGAUACUUUAUGGAAAUGGAUAGCGAUAGAACCGAUAUCACAGAUAUGAGUGUCGCCGAAUUAGACAAUUUAUUACAAGAAUUAAUAACAAAAAAUAGAGAUAAGCAGCUCACUAAGUUUGUGUACCAAUGUCUUGAUAAACGAAAACGCAUGGGUGUCAAUAUGCUUAAAAAGUUGUUCAGAUAUUACAGUAUAUCCGGCCGGGUAGAUAUUGUGGAGGCACUGCAGAAGUACUGCUUUAAAGAAGAUUUUAAUUUGUAUACUCGUAAUGGGGAAUUUACACACUAUAUCGCAAAAGCUCAAUGUAUGAAAGGUAACUCACAACAAGGUCUGUCGGUAUUAAAAGAAGCAUACAUCAAAUAUGAAAAGUUGAGAAGUUUUUAUCGAGUGAUAUUUAGAGAGCUAAUUAACGAUACUGUAUCAAAUCGCUCUGAAGCGUCAAUGGUGAUAUUUAAAAAAUAUGUACUAGAGUUUAGUGAGGCGUGGAAUGAUCAUUAUCCCUUAAUUUGCUACUGGCACGUCUGUUGGUCCAGCAACUGGUUCUCUGAUCAGGUGACUUCAAAUGAGCUGAUGGAAAAGUCGAAAGUUCUUCAAGAUAUUGUCAGAGAUAAAGCAACAACAUUUAGUAUCAAUAUUCUUCGUGAAUACAAUGAAGAUGCUGUUGUUAGAUUACUACAAAGUUUACUGAAGUAUGCUAUGAUGGAAGAGUAUGCUAAAGUAUUAGAGAUUUUGUUUGACUAUAAAUUAAGGAACAAAGAUAUGCGAGGCUGCACAGAGAUACUCAAGAACUGUGAUUCACUUGGUAUAUCAUUGCCAGCCGACCAACAAGGAAGAUACAUAAGAAUGUUAAUAUAUAAGGAUUAUUCAGACCCAAAACCAGAAGACAAACCGAAGAAACCAACUUUAAAAAAUUUCAAAUUGAAGUUUUAGACAUAAUUUGUGAUAUUGUAUAGACUGAUAAAAACUGACUUCUACUAAAUUGAACAAUGGGGAAUAUGUAUUGUAAGAAAUAGUAGUCUGAGACGGAUGUGACGUCGCUUGAUCUCGUGUUGGCUUGUGCCUACACUAGGUGGCGCGACUUGUUUCCGGCUUGUGACAUAAGGCGCUCGCCGUACGGUCAGCUUUAGUAUUAUUGUUGCGUUCGAGCCGUCCACAUAUCUU